AUGGCGGAAGCUAUUGACAUGGAUUUCACCGUUGGCCCGUUCUACUUUGCCAUCGUCUUUGACGCGAUAUUAUACGGUAUUCUGCUUGCCAAUAUGUUCAUGUAUUUUACUUCCCCCAAGCGAGACGCGAUUUGGAUGCGAGUUCUCGUUGGCACCAUCCUUGUCGUGGAGACAGCCCACACUGCGUUCAAUAUCAGUGCGGUGUUUCUGGCGUUGGUUCAGGGCUUCGGCGACUAUGCCAACCUCGCGGUAACAUCAUGGGCCGGCAUGAGUUUUCCCAUAACGACAGGAAUCGCCGCGAUGCUUGUACAAUGGUUCUUUGCGUGGCGCAUCAAGGUUAUUACUCGCAAUAUGUGGAUCGUCGGCGGCAUUUUCUUCUUUUCAAUCAUCCAGAUCCUCGGCGCCAUUGGCACCACUAUUGCGGUCAGCAAGGUAGUAUACCUGACAGAUUACUACAAGUUCCAGCCCAUCGUCAUCGUAUGGUGCAUCGGUGCAGUGACUGCGGACGUGCUCAUCACCACCACCCUUGUGUACUUCCUGCACAAGCGUAAAAGCGGCAUUGCCGGCACUGACACUAUCAUUAACAACAUCAUCCGCCUAACGCUGGAGACCAACCUCUUGACGUUUGUUUGGAAUCUCGUCGACCUCGCCACAUACCUCAGGGUGCCGGGCACCAUGCACCUCAUGUUCAACCUGACGAUCUCGAAGCUCUACUCGCUCUCGCUCCUCGUCUCCCUCAACGCGCGUGACGUCUGGCAGCGCGAGCCGAGCUCUCACGCUGCCGCCCACAGCAUGGGUGGUGGCGGGCGCAUCUCGCAACUCCAAGUCAGCCACACGGGAAUGCUCCGAAGCACGAACAGCUCCGUCGUGAAGACCCCGCAGCGGAUCUUGAUCGACGUUGAGGAACACGAGAUGGCCGACGUCGACGAGGUGAAGACGCCGAGCUACAUCGUCAACGAGGGCACGCUCAGUUCUGGCCACGUGAGGGGCAGCGGCACGCUCUCGAGCUCGGAGCUCGAGCAGUCUGUUUAG